GGGGGGCGCCCCGCCACGUGACCGCGCGCGGCGUCACGUGAUGUUUGGAGCUGCUUCCGGGUCGAUGCGGGACGCGGCGGCCGGGCCUGGAAGUCCAAGAAGGGAGCAUGGACCAGCCCAGUGGAAGGAGUUUCAUGCAAGUUCUGUGUGAGAAAUACAGCCCUGAGAACUUCCCCUACCGCCGUGGGCCUGGCAUGGGGGUGCACGUCCCAGCAACUCCACAGGGCUCACCUAUGAAAGACCGCCUGAACCUGCCCAGUGUGCUGGUGCUCAACAGCUGUGGCAUCACCUGUGCCGGGGACGAGAACGAGAUCGCCGCCUUCUGCGCCCACGUCUUUGAGCUCGACCUCUCUGACAACAAACUGGAAGACUGGCACGAGGUCAGUAAAAUUGUGUCCAACGUCCCCCACCUGGAGUUUCUAAACCUGAGUUCCAACCCUCUCAGUUUGUCCGUUUUAGAGAGAAGUUGCGCGGGGUCUUUCGCUGGCGUCCGCAAACUCGUGCUCAACAACAGCAAAGCUUCCUGGGAGACAGUGCACACCAUCCUGCAGGAAUUGCCUGACUUGGAGGAACUCUUCCUGUGCCUUAAUGACUACGAAACAGUGUCUUGUUCUCCAGUUUGCUGUCAGUCUCUCAAGCUCCUCCACAUAACUGACAAUAAUCUUCAAGACUGGACUGAAAUUCGAAAGUUGGGAAUUAUGUUUCCAUCACUGGACACACUUAUCCUGGCUAACAACAACCUCACCACCAUUGAAGAGUCAGAAGAUUCCCUGGCAAGGCUCUUCCCCAACCUAAGAUCCAUCAACUUGCACAAGUCAGGUCUGCAUUGCUGGGAAGACAUUGACAAGUUAAAUUCUUUCCCGAAGCUCGAGGAAGUGAAAUUGCUGGGAAUUCCUCUGCUGCAGUCUUACACCACCGAGGAGCGCAGGAAGCUGCUAAUAGCCAGGUUGCCAUCCAUCACCAAGCUCAACGGCAGCAUCGUGGCUGACGGCGAGCGCGAGGACUCGGAGCGCUUCUUCAUCCGCUAUUACAUGGAGUUCCCCGAGGAGGAGGUCCCCUUCAGGUAUCACGAGCUGGUGACCAAGUACGGGAAGCUGGAGCCCCUGGCAGUGGUGGAUCUGCGGCCUCAGAGCAGCGCCAAGGUGGAGGUUCACUUCCAGGACAAGGUGGAGGAGAUGUCCAUCCGCCUCGACCAGACUGUGGCAGAGCUGAAGAAGCACUUAAAAACUGUGGUGCAGCUGUCAACAAGCAACAUGCUGCUCUUCUACUUGGACCAGGAAGCUCCUUUUGGUCCCGAGGAGAUGAAAUACAGCUCGCGGGCGCUGCAUUCCUACGGCAUCCGGGAUGGGGAUAAAAUUUACGUGGAGCCCAGAAUGAAAUAGCCUUUCUGCCCACACCCACACGCCCCCACACACCCACACACAUGCAUUGAGGAGUUUUUUGCAAGGUUUUUAUUUCGGUUGGUUGGUUGAGGUUUGGUUGUGUUUCUGUAGCAGGUAAUUUCUUAGCCCGGAGGAAGUGUCCUGAUCUGAGAACCAUGCCCACCAUCCACUGCAGGUGACCUUGAGGUGACAAUUGACUUCAGGACGUGUGUUUCAGUGUGGGCAAUACCUUGAUGUUUCCUUUGAUGCUCCGGUAUACUCGUGAUUUGGCAUGAAUGGUCAGUUGUUCAAGCUAAACAAUGCCAGGGUCCAUAAGGGAGGAGACAGCUCGGUGCAGAAUUUGACCUGUUGUUUUCUUUUCCUAAAUUUUUUGGUGUUUUGCUCCACCAGAUCUCCCUUUGGCCUAGCUAUCCAACUGUGGCUCGAGCUUGCUGUAGUAUUUUCUUGCAGCUUGGUGCUGUUUCAACCUUUUGUUGUGCUCGAGUUCACAGGAAAGAUCUCCAUCAGUAUUCUGCUUGAUUCAGAGCUCAGGUACUUUAGUGCAUCCACUUCUCUCCACUGGUUUGCUUUCUGUGAGUGCACAACAUGGGGGAAAGAAAAAGAACUUCCCAGAAAGAAACUUUCUUUUCAAAGUGCACGCUCUACAUCCACCUGAUUUUGGGGGAAAAAAGAGGUUUUGGCUGCUGUACCCAUCUCACACGGUGCCUGCAGCCUGUGGGGAUAAAGGAUGUGUUGGAAAGUGAAUUUUGGGAGGUGUGGAUGAGCGCUGCAUUGGAAGGGCUUUUAGAACAACAGGUCAACAAGGGGUUGAAGAGCAGCUUCCCCUGUUGUCCAUCCUGAUGCUGAAGAGCUCCUCCGUGCACUUCACCUUGUACCAGUGGGUGCUGCAAGUGGAAUGGCUAAAAUUCCUCUCCUGGGAGAGAGGAAGAGUCAAGUUGAAGUUUGUGUUUGUUGCUGUUGCACCAGUUCAAACCUAGCACUUUGCUCGGGGCCCCUGGCCGGGGGUCCCUGCUUAGGGUCCGGACUCGGAGGAUGUGUUGGCUCGGAUCAGCCUCUGGAGGUGGAGGAACAAAGCAGCUGGGCCCACGUUGGGUGUUCAGCUGGGCCCACGUUGGGUGUUCAGCAGGGUUCACUGAACAAAGCAGCUGGACCCACGCUGGGUGUUCAUCUGGACCCUCGUUGGGUGUUCAGCUGGACCCACGCUGGGUGUUCAGCAGGUUUCACUCUCUCUCUCUCUUGGCUUCCCCCACGUGCCCCUCGUAGGCAUCGCGUGCUGCUGCUUCACGUAGUCCCCGUUUUCUACUGCAGAGCAGAUCCCCCUGCCUGGUCAGUGAAAUCCUCCUUCCUUUUUCUCUCUCUUGUUUCGCUUUCCUGUGUCUUCCCCGCUCCAAGUUCAAGACUUUCCCAAUUUCCUGGUUACAAGCAGCUGCUCAGCAGAUUUUGGAGCUGUGCAGCGAGGGCUCUAGUUACACAUGAACUCCUGACCUUCAUUUUGAAAUGCUCCCUUUAUCCCCACGUGCACUUUCUUUCCCAGGAUGCUUUCUCCCACAUCACCGAGCUCCUUUGGUAUUCUUGGAGUUGUGUAUUUCUCUUCACAUUUUACCUGGAUUGUGGGGUGGGAUCAUUGGGGAGGGGACAAAGUAUUAUUAUCUCAUAGUCUUCAGGUUUAGGAUUUGGGGAUUGUUCAGAGGGGAUUAGUUCCUUAUCCAAAGCAAGUGUUAAAAUGGGAGGAUUUAAAACAAGUUACUAAUUUGUGCCUCGUCCCCCUGCCAAAAAUAGCAAUUUCUUCGCCCCGUAGAGAUGAGCAAUAGGGAAGGGAGUGAGAUUUUCCACAGGUAGCAUAGAUUUUUCAUAGAUCCAUGGUACCUGUAAACUAAACAGCAGGGAGAUAGUGGCAGUAGAACAUAAAAUGAUGCUUUUAUAAGCUAGAGCUUUACUGAAGAUGUAUUUUCCGUUUGGGCAGCGAAAAUAAUUUGCUGCCUGAUAGCAGAACCCUUAAGCCAACACUUCUGUAUGAUAUAUACAUACCUACCAAUAGGAAAAGUUGUGGUUAAUAAGAUAUUUUGUUAUAAAGCAAAGUUUUAUGAAGAUAUGGUUGUUUAAAUAUUAGAAGCCUAUUUCAGCCCUUGACCUCCAGUGUAGGUAGGUUUUCCCUGAGUGGCUGCAGAGUCCGAGGCAAGCGACCUAUGGGGAUGCAAAAGUAUCUCUGACCCGAUUCUGCAGGGCAGUAAUUGCCUCUGUGGGUGUAUUUAUGGCAUUGUACCUGCUAUUAGAGAGAUGCUGUAACUCUUGACCAACUUCCUCAGCACAAUUAAGAGUCUGGGUUUCAGAGAAGGGAAUAAACAAAGGCCGUCAAAGAGUGGAAUGGGAUGAUAAAGGAGGGCCAAGUACGUGCUUUUAAGUUUGUUUGCCCACUAAAAAUUGGGCUGUCUGUGGAGGGAUCAGUGCUGUCACCAGCUCAGAACUGGCAGUAAAUCCUGCUUUUAUUUGUGACAGACCUGGUGGGAACUGGAAGAUGGAAAAAGAGAGCACAGAAGGUUAAGAGGUGCUGGGGAUUUGGUGCUGACACCCAGCCCUGCUCCCCUGGUCCCUUCAGGUAUGAAAUCACCAUCCUGCCACUUCUCCAGGGGAAGGUUUUUCUCAAGGCAUUCACCUUGUGUGCAGGUAAUGGAGCAAUCGUGGGGCAGAAACCAAAAGUCUUGGUUGGCUUCCCAAGGAGAAGGACUCACCCCAAAACCAGAGAGAGUUUGUGUGUGCAGAUGAUCAGCUGUGGGAAGUGGGACCAAACAGCACACAAGGAUGUGGCAAAAUACCCCAAAUCAUGGUGCCUGGUGGGGAAGGGUCUUGUGUGUGUGCCACCCAGCAGGGGACCAUGUCCUGGGGAGAGAGGAGAAGGUUGGGUGCUCAGUGAGGGUGCAGAUGUGGCAGGAGGUUUGAUUAAAACCUCUGCCACGUCAGGAGGGGACGUGUCCAGGCAUUGCCAGCGUGUGCCCUCUUCAGCUAAAGGUCCCUGGGUCUGUCACAUCCACUUGAGAAAACAAAACAGAUGUGCAAGCUUCCCUGGCUUGUGUGUCCUACCUGAGGGCUGCUUUUGUUGUGUUGUUCCUGCUGUUUCAUGCAUCAAAGUCUGCCACGGGCAGCCUGCACAGUGGGCAGAGCACCUGCUCCACGAGGACUUGGGUGACAGCUGUAUACCAAAGUGUCCCACGGCUCCGUGUGACAAGUUUGAGGCUGUGCUGUGUGGUUUGGAGAUGUUCCUGUUCAAUAUCCAUAUUUUUGGCCAGAUGUUCCAGGCAGAUCACUGCUAUGAAUAUGCACGGGGUGCUGGCUGUCCUCUGCUCGCUGGCUGGGAUUUGUAACCUUGUUUUUUGGGAGCUGCAGGUGUGACCCGUGGUGGCUUGGGGGACGUGCUGCUGGGGACAGGCUCUCCCUGUGCCCUCUCCUCCUCGGGUCUGCAAUCCGACAGAGGUGUCACGGCUCUGCCUCCUCUCUUGUCACUGAGAUUCUUGUAGGUAGGUUCUGUUCGUGUGUGCAAGAUUUGAGAAUGCAAAUGAGGUGCUUAAAGCAGCCCAGAGGCUGAAAUGUGUAUUCCUGGCAGCUGUGCCUCCCUCGUUUGGAUGUGGCACGUUUGUAGGCAGCAGAGAGACGCCUUCCCCAGAGCAACCUUAGAGGGGCUUCAGCCACCUCGGGCCUUUGCCUCUGUGAUUGCUUUUCUGCAGUUCCUGGAAACUUCAAAUAUAAUUUAAACAUGAAGAUCUGUUCUUGCUCCCUGUUAAUGUUGCAUCCAUAUGUAAUUUCAAAGAAGAAGAACUGUGAGUCCAUCUGGUUUUUUAUUCUGGUUUCUCUCCCAGGGGAUACACCUCCCGCUCCCACAAUUUGCCUUUGGUUUGCUCGCAGACUUAGUGGUGGAAUUCAGGCCAAAAUAGGUCAUUGGUUUGGAUCAGUUCAAUAAACUUAUGUAAGUUUUUACACUAAAA